GACGCAAUCUCCUGUUCUCAAACCAAAUGGGGUGGUAGCCAGCAAGUCAGAUGUUUGCAACCCCCUUAAUAAUUAUAUGUCAUUUUGUAUGUGCAUUUCUUGUAGUUCGCCAUGCCGAUCCUUUGUUCUGCAGUAGGAUGCACGAAUCGUUUUGUAAAAGGCUCGGAAAUCCGUUUUUAUCGGUUUCCAAUUAGUAAGCCUCAUCUAGCAGACCAGUGGGUGCGUAGUCUGGGCCGCAAGAACUUCGUCCCCACCACCAACUCCUGCCUCUGCUCAGAGCACUUUCAACCAGACUGUUUCCGAGACUACAACGGCAAGCCCUUCCUGCGGGAGGACGCUGUGCCAACCAUCUUCAGCUGGAACAAGCAGAUCGAGCUGCGUCGGAAUCGCGGCCCACCGGGCGGGAAAGACUCGGGCGAAGCGAGCCGGCUUGCCUCGACGCAGGACAAACCCAAACUUCGUAACCAGGAGAAAAGACAGUCCAGCAAAGAUGCCAGGGGGAGGAUAUUGGACAAGAAGGAGAGGAGGAGAGGAAAGAUAGCUGAAAGGCAGCCCAUGACGGGGAAGAGUAAAGUGUACGACAGCCGCGGGCUGCUCAUCUCGUGCGGCCGUGACCUGUGCGACUGUCUGGACGCAGACUGCAUGGGCUGCUUCUACCCCUGCCCCGACUGCGGAUCGCGCAAGUGCGGCGUGGAGUGCCGCUGCGACAGGAAGUGGCUCUACGAGCAGGUGGAGGUGGAGGGCGGUGAAAUCAUACGCAACAAGUUCGCCCUCUAGCUGCAGACGAGGGGUGGAGGAGGAGGAGGAGGAGGAGGAGAUGAUAAGUGUGGAAGGAUUAUUAAACAGGUUUAGGUGCUGGUCACACAUGGACAAGAAAGAAGAGGAGGAGGAGAAAGAAAAAGAAGAAGAAGAAGAAGAAGAAGAAGGAGGAGGAGGAGGAGAGUAGAAAAGAGUAGAAGUGGCUUCUCAAACAGGUUUAAAUGCUGGUCACACUUGGAUGAGGAGGUGAAGAGACGAUGCUGGCAGGGGAGCAAGGGUUGGGAGUGUGGAGUAUGUUGACAUUAACGUAAUAAUGAAAUUACUAAUAUUUUCUUUUCUAUAUGUUUUUCUCUUCCGUAGAGGUCCUGAUAUUGUAUUUGCAACUCACCUCAUGUUAGUGUGCAGUGCUUUUUAUAUUAUUUUCUUUCAAACACCUUUCGUAUGUUCUAUUCUGUUUAAUUAAACACCUUUUUUUAUAUAA